AUGAUGAUGGUCAGGACCCUCAGCUUCUUGACGGCCAGUCUCCUGGCUCUGUCUCCUACUAGCCAUGGAUUCACUGUCUCCACAACAACUCGAGCGAGUACUAGGCAGACCUCGUUGUCCAUGGUAUCUGCCUCGGAAUCUUCUCAAUUGGCCCAAUUGGCCAGCAUGACGACUCUUUCGAUUGACAGUGGAGACUUGAAAGUGAUUGAAGAGUAUGCAGCGACUGGGUACAUUACGGAUGCCACCACCAAUCCACUCUUUGUCUCGCAAGCAGGAUUAAGUGGAGAUCCCACCUAUGCCGAGUUGGUCGACCGCGCUGUGGAAUUUGCCAUGGAAGCCGGUGAAAACGACGAAGCCGCCACGGUGUCCUUGGCCAUUGAUCGGCUGGCGGUGAAUCUGGGAGCCGCCAUUGCCAUGAUUGUACCAGGCUACAUUUCGACCGAAGUCGAUCCACGAUUAUCCUUUGACACGGAAGCAUCGGUAGCCCGCGGCCGUCGGAUUAUCGAAAUGUACAAGGGCAUGGGUGUCCCCAAAGAACGCGUCUUGAUCAAAUUGGCCGCCACGUGGGAGGGCAUUAAAGCCGCCGAGAUUUUGGAGAAGGAAGGCAUUCAAUGCAAUCUGACGUUAAUCUUUUCCUUUGUCCAAGCCGUCGCAUGUGCCCAGUACGGAGCCCAUCUCAUUUCCCCCUUUCCCGGACGCAUUCUGGAUUGGCACAAGACUCUGGAAGGACGAACCGAAGGAGUUCCUCCGUCAGAAGAUGAAGGUGUUGUGGCGGUUCGAAAAAUGUACAAUUACUACAAGUGCCACGGCCACGAUACCAUUUGCAUGCCAGCUAGCUGGCGGCCAUCUCGUGGACCGGGUUUUGAAUUGGACGAGAUUGUGGCGCUGGCGGGUACGGAUCGCAUGACCAUCCCGGCACCACUGUUGGAGAAACUGGCGUCCAGCGAAGACCCCUUGCCACGAGUGUUGGAGCCCACGGCUGCUGCCGCCUCGGAGGAACCCCUCAUUGGCGACGGCCAAAUGGACGAGAAGGAAUUCCGGUAUUUGCUCAACAUGGAUGGUUGCGGCACGGACAAGUUGGGGGAAGGCAUCCGCGCGUUUAUUGGCGAAACAGAGAAAUUGGAACAGGCCAUUCAAGCUAAAGUCAAAGCAGCUAGUGCAGCUGUCAGUAGCUAA